UAUUUUACUUUACUAAAUAGUCCAUAUGGCUCGUUUCUCAAGCAUGGACGACAAGUGUGCUGUUUUACAUUUAUCACGUCUGCAUCUGGACGACUUGAACUUGGAUCAUCUCGCGGACAGUAAAAGAAAACAAAUCCAGCAGCUGCAUCUAACUUACAAUCGUUUAUCGUUUCUUCCACCUUCCGUUUGUUUUCUAUCUAACCUGGAAUAUCUGGAUAUGAGCAAUAAUGCGCUCACGGUCAUACCAGAUGACUUCAUGCGACUUACAAACCUAAAGACGUUUGUGGCAAAGAACAAUCUUCUGAACGAGUUCUCGUUCCCUAAGGAGUUUGAGCGCAUGCAGGUAGAAACUCUGAAUAUGAGUGGAAACAGGUUUGAGGAUAUUCCCAUACAGUUUCUAAAAAUGACCACACUACAGUCCCUGUCACUUGGAGGAAACAGAUUGAAGAACAUCCCUUCAGAAAUAGAGAACCUGGGCAGUCUAGAGAUGCUGUAUUUGGGAGGUAACCUCAUCUCCUCCAUCCCACCUGAAGUGGCUAACCUCACCAGUCUGAGAUACCUGGUUCUGUGUGACAAUCGCAUCCAAAGCAUACCCCCCCAACUGAACAAACUACACUCCCUGCUCUCUCUCAGUCUCCACAACAACCUGCUGACCUUCCUCCCUCGUGAGAUCCUCAGCCUCGUCCACUUGCAGGAGCUCAGUCUCCGUGGAAAUCCUCUUGUUGUGCGCUUUAUCAAGGACAUGACCUACGACCCUCCAUCACUUAUAGAGCUAGCAGGACGCACGGUCAAGUCCCAGAACCUUCCGUUCCGCUCUUGUGACCUACCGUCCAAUCUGAUCCAUUAUUUAAACCUGGCUAGCGAAUGUCCCAACCCAAAGUGUGCAGGUGUUUAUUUCGACUCGUGUGUGAGGCACAUCAAGUUUGUGGAUUUCUGUGGGAAGUACCGCCUGCCGCUCAUGCAUUACCUCUGUUCCCCGCAGUGUUCCUCUCCCUGCAGCUCAAACCCACAGAGCGACGCAGAGUCAGAGGAGGAGAACAGUGUCCCCGCAGACAGACUCCAGAGAGUACUGCUGGGAUAGGACAAACCUCCAAUCUGUCACAGGACUUUCAUUAAACGCUUCAUUUCAACAUUUAGAAAUGUUUUAGCGACUCAACAAAAAAAGCACUGCAUGCUAUAUAGUUUAACUGUGAUUAAAAGAGGUAGGUUUGAACUGUAAAUCAAAGUUUAUUAGGUUUAAAGGGAUAGUUCGUUCAAAAAUGAACAUUCUGUCAUCGUUCUC